AUGAAGACCAUUCUCAGUAACCAGACAGUGGACAUCCCUGACAAUGUCACGGUGUCCCUCAAGGGCCGCACAGUUACCGUGAAGGGACCCCGUGGUGUUCUCCGCCGGGAGUUCAACCACAUUAACCUGGAACUCAGUCUGUUGGGCAAAAAACAGAAAAAGCUGCGUGUGGAUAAGUGGUGGGGUAACAGAAAGGAGUUGGCCACCGUCCGCACCAUCUGCAGUCAUGUCCAGAACAUGAUCAAGGGUGUCACCCUGGGCUUCAGGUACAAAAUGCGAUCUGUAUAUGCCCAUUUUCCCAUUAAUGUGGUCAUCCAAGAGUCUGGCUCUCUGGUGGAGAUCAGAAACUUCUUGGGAGAGAAGUACAUCCGCCGUGUCCGCAUGAGGCAAGGAGUUGCAUGUGCAGUGUCUGCCGCUCAAAAAGACGAGUUGGUUCUGGAGGGUAAUGAUAUUGAGCUGGUGUCAAACUCAGCUGCUCUGAUCCAGCAGGCCACCACUGUGAGGAAGAAGGACAUCCGGAAGUUCCUGGAUGGGAUUUAUGUCAGCGAGAAGGGCACAGUGGUGGAACAGCAAGAGGACUAAAUUAGUCUCUGUAAAAUCUGUCAAUAAAGACCAACUCCAUUUUUCAAUCAUA